AUGGAAAAAGCGCGAAACUAUAAAACAGCUAGAUUUCCCUUGCCUGACGGGGGGAGAGGUCGGGCUUCGUUCAAAUGGAGACUGGCUGCAUUGGGACCAUUGCCAAUCGUUGAGUCCUUAGCUUUUACAAUAGUGGGGUUACUAUUGGGGGGGAGCCUGAUUCUGGAUGGGCGAGAAGCGGCUCUCGUCAGCCAUAACCACAUUUUGUUCUGCUUGCUGUCCUGCCUCACCUACGAGGUAACGUAUGCAAUUUACGGUCCACCCCAAAACAAUAUUCAAGCGCAGAAAAAAUACCGAGAGAAACGCAAGGCCCGCCUAGAUGAUUUCGAGACGCUGGCGGCGUCCCUUUCGCAGGGUGUGGCGAUGCUGUGUUCAGGUACGCCUAGCUCGUAUGCGGUCAAUUUCACCGAAGACAAACAGCCAAACUUCGAUGGAAACAUUGAAUCAGGUCUCAUUGACGAUACCAAUGAGUCCGCUACCGAUGCGCUCGAUGCCUACACUUCGGCGUGUGCGACUCCCGCUACUUCCUUGUAUGGUGUCUCCUGGGACCUGAAUACCUCCAUGGAACCCUCUCAUCUUUUUUAUGGCGAGAAUAUAUCAUCCAGCUCCCAAAACUGGUCGCGUUAUAUCGACUGCGGCUGCCUUUACCCUCACCUCCAAGUUAGCUCAUCACGACCUAGGGUAUACUUGGAGCUGGAAGCGGAUGCGCCCAGCCGGAGCUCAUGUUCAACUGAUCCCGAUGUCAAUACUUUACGUAUCGAGCGAUACUGUAUAGUUCAGUCCAUGGCGUCUCUUUGCUUGCAUAUCGGAAUGACAAAGGACAUGCUGUGCGACGACAAGGCUACAUCUCCCUUUUUCCGGCCGACUGGUAAGAUAGUGAACGGCACCGGCGCGGAUACAGUGGUCAAGAUGAUCAUUCGCCAGCACGCGGCAUUCAUCGACGUCUUGCCUUUCCCCACACUCAGGCGGAAUGUGAUCAACAGCGGAGAAGCAGUUGACCUAACAGAGUUUUAUCACGACUUGAUUGAUGGAUUGAUCUGCUGGGGGGGAGCUACGGACCGAAGCAGUGUUACAGAUUCGACCACCGGUGAUAUUUCAGCGGCAACACCGUGGGAUAGUAGAAGCUGGGAGGCUAGGGGGUGGUUCUUGCGGAAGUACUGGGCGCUACUGGGCGGCGAAGAGGGGGAGCUGGUGCGUCAAAGCGAAUGGUGGCGGAACAUGAGAGGAGACGAUACGGAUCUGUGGUUUAAGAUGUGA